AAAGUGGCCAAAUGAGCGCUGCCUGCCAUUCUGAGCAGGUAUACUGAAGACGUCUCAGAGGUGGAAACUUUAAUUAAUUGAGCAGAGCCUUUGGGAAGUCUCAGCUACUCAUAUCUGGAUUAUUAGAGAAACCUGUUGUCUGUCUUUAUACCUCAGGACCUGAGACUCAUCUCUUGUUGGAUUAACUCUAAAGGCCACAUCGACAGAGUCGCAGCAGCUGCUUCACCUGGGCGUUCCUGCAGGAACCUGAGCCCCGCAACAUGCAGAUCAAGGAAAACAAAGGAAGGUCUACCCUUCAUCGCCGCAUGGUAUCCCCCCUCUCCGCCCGCAGACAGCUCAGCAGACUUCCCCCAAAAGAGGUCUUCAAUGACGUGAUGUUUAUGGUCGGGGGAUGGACUCAUGACGACCCGUCCUGUCUGGUCGAACAGUUCUGUCCUGAGUACAACGAGUGGAGAUCAGCAGCACGCAUGGUCAACAGUCGCGGCAGCGUGGCUGUGGGCACGCUGGACGGCAAAAUCUACGCAGUGGGAGGGGAAGAUAAAAUCAGAUGUUACAGUAGUGUGGAAAGGUACAAUCCAGACACAGACAGCUGGAGUACAGAUGUAGCACCCUUAAGCAGCCCACGUAGCGGUGUGUGUCUGGUAGAGAUGGACGGAUACCUUUACGCUAUUGGAGGACAUGACGGAAUUACUGCCAUAAAUACUGUGGAGAGGUAUGAUCCAAAAAUGAACACAUGGAGCAAGCAGGCACCGAUGCUUACCAGACGCAGCAGAGCUGUGGCGGCCGUGCUGGAGGGUCACCUGUACGUGAUUGGAGGGAACGAUGGAGAUAUGGCUCUGAACUCAGUGGAGAGGUACAACCCUGUAGAUGGUACCUGGUCGAUAUGCGCCCACAUGCUGAGUCCCAGGGAGAACGCAGGCUGCGUUGUAUACCUCGGACACAUCUACGUGGCUGGGGGCAAAGACGAGCUCAACUUGCAGCUCUGCGCUGUCGAGAGGUUUAACCCGGACACCAUGAGGUGGACUCCUGUCAAACGCAUGAGGAGCAAGAGGGACGACGUGUCCCUUGUAGUCUUCAAUGGAUCAUUGCUGGCUGUGGGAGGCUGUGAUGGUAUCACAAAUCUUAAAACAAUAGAAGGUUACUGUCAUGAAACCAACACAUGGAGACACUUUGGAAGCAUGAAGAGCAAGCAUCCGGGCGGGAGAGUGGCUGUGCUGUGCUGAGCUGAGACUCGACAAAGCAAGCAUUACAUGAACAGGACAGAGGUGUUGGAGAGAAAUAGCCUAAUGGAUGUACGCCAGGCUCCAGGACACAUUGUAAUACAGUUCAAUUGAGGCAGAGUAAUGACUGAAUAAUUGAGGAGUUCACUCCAAAAUGAGACAUCGCUGCAUUAGUCAAAGCCGGCAGCUGCUGUUGCAAAGUAAUCGAGCAUUACAUUUAAGCACAUUAUAGGCUACCGGGUUACCAUUAAAGUUAGAGGUCUUUUUAUGUCUCUGGCUUAGAAAACAGAGCUUUUUUUUUUUUUUAUGGAGAUGAGUCAGCAGAUAAUUAAUAUCUGGUUGCAUUUUCCUUUCCAUCACAGAUUAUACUUUCCCAUUCUGACAAGAAUAUUUAAAGGAAAAUCAGAUAUGGUAUGGUGGUCUAUGGUAUUUCUUAACAAAAACACACCACAUGAACAAACCAUCCUGAUAAAGACCCCUUGGAAUUUUAUUUUUUUGGUAUUUUCAUAAAUCUGUGAUAAGAUAAUAUUGCGAUAAAAUAUUCAAGCUUGAACCCUAAUAUUUCAUGAGAACAUUACCCGUGAUGUGGAAUAUGUGUUUUGCAAAAUAGUACAUGAGAACAUCUUUUAUUAUUGUAAUUAUUGUGAUUUAUGUACCUAUUAAUUAUUAAUGCAAGAGUCACAGGUGGGAGCCAAAAAGACGGAGGAAAAUAUGGAAGAGUGCAGGUGAUUGAGUGAAGGAUGUGCCGAAAUAGUAAGGGAUAAAUGUUUUAUCGCUUUCUGUAUUUUAAAAGGAAGGUAGUAACCUUGAUGUGAUGGCAAAGGAUGCUUUGAAGGGGAGAUAUUCAGGUGGCUGUUGGAGAAGUGGAGAAGUAUACUGACUGUAUCGAGAAAGGACUGAGCCUGUACAAAAUGACUCAUCUUUAGUUUGUUUUAAAUAUUAUAAUGUUCUUGAUCAUCCUGUCACAAUAUUUCUUUGUACAAAAAAAGAAUACUGAUUCUGUUAUCAUCUUGUACAUGACCCAUCAGCUCUGACUGUAAGCACAUGUCAUCAUUUAGCUUGAGCACAGAACACUUUGUAAAAUAACCACAUCAGACGGAUCAACUCAAGUUGUACAGAAGAAAUCUGUGGGAAUCGAGAUCCAUGGGCGAGAUAAGCGAGCGAGUGAGUGAGUGAGUUCUGACUGUUGGCAUGGGAAAGCACAAGUGACUGUGUGGGCUUUUAAAUGAUGACGCUCAGAGCUCUUUUUCCCCUGGAGAAUAAUGGGCUGAAAUGUGGAGAGGCUGAACGCUGAGGACUGCACACAGAGCAACACGUCUUUCCCGGAGACACACACAAGCCAGCGGUGUCUCCCAGCCGUCCCUCUGUGCACACAGAAUGAAUAUUUUUUUCAAUUUGAGGGGAAGCGUUGUGAGGCAAAUAGCAGAGGAAAGAGCUGUUCCAGGUAUGUUUGAACAGGACGAAUUACAAAGAGAUUGUGAAUUCCUAGAAGUUACCAAGACUUUGCAUGCACUGUGUUUACUGUAUCACUGACAUUGGAUUAAAAUGAUCACCAAAAAUAAUAAAUAUUUAUUUGAUGUGGCUUAAAUGAA